UUUACAUUCACGACCGACCUCGAAACUGCAAUGUUCUUGACUUCCCAGGCUCAGGCAUUGGUCUCCUGGAACCUUAACAGAGGCCGCAACAACUCCAAUGUGUGUCGACAAUGAAUACGACAGACCCGCGCGUGGGUUCGGCCCGUGACAACUCUACAAGCCCUGGAUUGUCUCGUGUGGUUUCUGGCUCCAACUCAUCUUCAACAAGCAACCUUGUUGCGACACUAGUGCCCGUCUUGAUUUGGGCAGCCCUGUGCGCCAUUAUCUUUGUAACUCUGCGACGCAAAUGUCCUCGAGUAUAUGCUCCGAGAGCAAUACUGAAGAGCCUGGAGCCGCACGAAAAGAGCCCGCCUCUUCCCAACGGGUGGUUCAACUGGUUUACCGAGUUCUAUCGGAUUCCUUCUGUGUUCGUGCUUAAUCACUCAUCUCUCGAUGGGUUUCUCUUUCUGCGCUUUCUUCGAGUGCUGGCUGUGAUAUGCCUGGUCGGCGUAAUCCUCCUUUGGCCUAUUCUCCUCCCAAUCCAUGCGACAGGUGGUGCAGGCAAUCAGGGGUUGGACUGCUUGACUCUGGGAAAUGUUGUAAACCACAAUCGACUGUACGCUCACACCCUAUUGUCAUGGGUCUAUUUCGCAUUCAUCCUAUAUAUGGUUUCACGAGAAUGUGUUUACUAUAUCAAUUUACGACAAGCGUAUCUCCUUUCACCAUUUUAUGCAAACCGCCUGUCCUCCCGGACAGUGCUAUACAUGAAUGUACCUCGACAAUUUCUGGAUGAACAGAGGCUUCGAUGGAUGCUCGGUAGCUCUGUCAAACAGAUAUGGAUCCCUCAAAGCACCAGCGAGCUUGAACGCCUUGUUAAGGAAAGGGAACAGACGGCUAUGCGCCUGGAAAAGGCCGAGUUCGAGCUCAUCAAGAUGGCCAAUGCCGCAAGGACGAAAGCACUCGAGAAAGCCGAGAGUGAGAGCACGGAAGAGCCAAGUAAGGACUCUCUGGAGACCGAGCCCCGUAGCGAGAAUGGGGAAACGCCGCGCUCGAGAUCUGGCACUGCGGAAGUCAUACAAGCAUCGGACAACCCACAGGACGCCCUUUACCCCUCGAAAGAGAUGCAAGAGCGGACUCUGCCGGAUGUCAAUGGAUCAGUUGCAUCACAAUGGAUUCCACACAGCUCGAGGCCGCACCACAGACCGAUUGCAAACUAUGGGCGCCGUGUGGAUACGAUCAAGUGGACCAGAAAUCAGAUCAGGAAGCUGAACAACCAAAUUGCCAAAGUUCGACGGGACCAACUAUUCAAGACUGAUGGCAUGCUGCCCUCCGUCUUUGUGGAAUUCGAGACACAUACCGAUGCACAGCACGCGUACCAGACUCUGACGCAUCAUCGCCCACUGCACAUGGCUCGGCGCUUUCUUGGUGUACGGCCGUUCGAAAUCCUAUGGGAGUCAUUGUCAAUGUCGUGGCUGGAAACAAUUGUGCGAAACUUCCUCAUCAAGGCUCUGAUCACCGCGAUGAUUAUAUUUUGGGCCAUCCCAUCCGCUCUUGUGGGCACCAUCUCUAAUAUUGACUAUCUGUCGGAGAAAGUCAGUUUCUUGGGUUGGAUCGCAGAUCUUCCGAGCGCCAUUAAGGGUAUCUUGAGUGGUGUCGUCCCGGCUCUGGCUCUGUCUUUGUUGAUGAGUAUCGUGCCGGGGAUCUUGAGAUACUGCGCGAAGCUUGGAGGAGUCCCAACUCUGACGAUGAUCGAGCUUUACACCCAGCAUGCCUACUUCGCCUUCCAAGUUGUUCAAGUCUUCUUGAUAACGACUCUGACAUCGGCGGCAUCCGCAGCCGUUACGAAACUGCUCGAAGAUCCCACAACAGCAAAGGAUCUGCUCUCACAGAAUCUGCCCAAGGCUUCCAACUUCUACCUCUCGUACUUUCUUUUGCAGAGUCUAGCGCUUGGAUCUGGGGCGCUUGUUCAAUUCGGCAAUUUGUUCCAGCUGUAUGUCUUUCAAAGGUACAUCAGCAGUCCUAGGAAGAUGUAUACGAGGUGGCACCGGCUACAGCGUAUUCAUUGGGGAGCAGUUUUCCCGGUCUACACCAAUCUUGGUGUCAUCACUCUCAGCUAUGCGCUGAUCGCACCAAUCAUCCUCGGAUUUGCCGCUGUCGGUCUUCUUUUCUUGCACAUUGUGUACCGAUACAACCUCAUCUACGUCUACGACUCGGAAGUCGAUACCCGAGGGCUUGUCUAUCCUCGCGCUCUCAUGCACCUGCUCUUGGGGCUCUAUUUCUCUGAGAUUUGUAUGAUUGGUUUGUUUUCUCUCAAAGGAGCCUACAUCCCAGUCGUGUUGACUGUGGCUCUACUCAUCCUCACGGGUUUGGUUCAUUCUUCGCUCCUUGAUGCACUUGGGCCUCUUUUGUGGAGUCUUCCAAAAAGUUUGACAGCUCAAGAAGAUCAGCACUUGUUGGGAACUCGCCCUGUGAACCCACGCAAUGCUGAAGAUCUGGAGCAUAUCGAGCAAUAUCAUUCCGACAAGGAGGAACAAGGGCCAGACUAUAGCAGCAGUAGGGCUCUAGAAGGCGCAAGUGGAGCUCUCAACGCUCUUGGAGGGGGCAUCAAAACAAUGUUCAGGAAGAAAGUCAAACAGGAGGCCCCCGAAGCCCACAUGAUAAUGGACGCUCUCACCGCAUUCUGGAUGCGAUGGAUCUCACCAAACCCAGCAGACAAAUCCAACUUCCUUCUCCGCUGGCUCCAUCCCGAGGUAUACUCCGACUAUACUCUGCUUCGUCGAAUGGUGCCAUCAGACUUGCCAGAUCCGGUGUAUCCGGAAGAGGUUGAGCGUGAUAUCUACUAUCCACCCUCGUUUUUUGCAAAACCACCGACUUUAUGGAUUCCCCGUGAUCCGGGCGGAAUCAGUCGACAAGAGGUGGAACACUGUGGCAAGGUGAUUCCAACCACAGAUGAAUAUGUACACAUAGAUGAGAACGGCAACGUGGUGAUCAAUCUGGAGGAGAGCCGACUCGUUUUCGACGUUAGUCGGCUGAGAUAUUGACAAUGAUAAUGACACGAUGAGAAUCCAAACAAAAUCCUGAUCAU